GCUGUGUUUUUAAAUUCCCCCGCGUUGUGAGGACUGGGUCUCAACCUUCAUGAUUCUGAUACUUUUGUCUUUGAGAAAUUACAUUAAUAUUCAGAUGCUGGGCUUUUAUGCAAAUUAAUCCAGUUGUUAUGCCUUCUUAAUACGAAUAAUCGAGUCGUAUGUUUGCAGGAACAAACUCGCAUCGUUUGCUCCUCAAAUCAAUCGCUUUUCGUGAAGGCAGAUUGUUUAACAGAUGAUGCAACUAAAAAUGGUCAUUUAUCCAACUGAGAUUAUUCUAGCAGCUUGUAUUAGUUUUCUAGCAGGACAAUCCAUUUCAUUGACGCCAUCCCCCAGUAUUCAACAAACGAUAACCAGUGUUCCCAAUCAGACAGCGACCGUCAAUAUGUCUAUGACAGUAUCGUCCAAUUAUUCACUAAUUCAACAACAAACAUCCUCUGUAAAUCCUUCAUCAGUAGUGACUGUCAGUUUCCACAGCAGCGUAACGAGUACCUCCCCAACUACCUUCCCAACUACAACAAAAGAUGAUGAAGAUGACGAUAUUGAAGAUGACUCAGAAGAAAAGAAAAAGAUUGCACUCAUCGCUGCAAGUUGCACGGGUGGAUUUGUGUUACUCGUGGGACUAACUCUCAUCAUAUGGACUCACAUAAGAAGUAAAAACACAUAACGGACAAUAAACAAGCUGAUAAGAAUACACAUUAAUUGCCCUACCACUUGUUACACACACGACAGAAGAAAAUGAAGGAUGACACGUCUAACUGACGGAGCUAUAACGAAUCAUUAUUAAACUAUUUUCGCACGCGGUACGCGGUUAAUCGCAAAGCGCCACACAUGCGCGCUCUGUUGUCAAAAAAAAUCCUCUAGGACAAUCGUCCUGCCCUGAAGGUAGGCUCGAUUUCCACUGCUCUCUCGAGUCUUGUUUACGUUCCUACAGCGGCUGGUAAUCGAGCCUACCCUGAAAGCUACCAAGAAGUUUAUUUUACGCCGACAGCAUGAAACAAGACGUUAUAUUCCCUUAAAAACCGACAGGUUCAGCUUGCUUGCUAACCCAAGUAGAGGCUGCAACAGCCCACCGUAUGCAUGUAUUAGAAUUAUGAUGAAAUAUAGCUAUUAACCAAUUAUUCCCAAUAGUAUGUAUUAGGUACGCUUCGACAGCAUAUCAGGCGAGACUGGUCAAGCCCGGGUUCGUAUUUUGGCGAGACUGAGCAGUCGAGCCAAAAUACCCAGGGCGAACCCAACUGUGCAAUAGUAUUUGGACCAAUCAGGCGAGUAAUUUCAAAAUCGCGCUUGAUUACAUACAUACGUAAAUGACUUUAUUUUGUCUCGAAUUUAUAGUGUAACUAGGCCUGUAGUGUAGCUAAGGAACUAAUAUCUUCGAGAAAAAUAAACAUUGUAAAUAUAUAAACAAGUACUACUACUAACUAAUAUGUUUGAUUACAUAAUGAAACAAAAAUGAACUAGUGCAGUUUCAUGCCUGAAAGGAGACUGUUUUCGCGAGGCGUUUGAAAACCAGUUAUUACUCCCUGAAUUGUACAACUCGAGCUCCAAUUACCAAUUAAGGUUAUUAAGAACUUCUUUUGAACAAAAAAACUCUGUUCACUGUUCUCAAUGGUUUGAAGGCGACUUUGAUUUGUUGUUGCCUCAAGAUUCGACUAACCCUUUCCGAAAUGUCCUGCAAAUAGGCUAGCACCACGAAACCAUUGGAUGGUAGAUCGGUAGGGAGUUUCGACAGCGAUCCUUCGCAGCUACUGAUGAAGGAUGAGGGAUAAUUUCGCAGUACAGCCUUGACUCGUUUCAUUUCUUCGCGUUUCCCUUUCUGUGUUGAUGGGAUGUUCUGUGCCCUGCGCAGCAAGGUACUGACUACAGAUCUCCUAUGGCACGAGUUUCUAAGCGUGCAUUCGACGUGCUGCUUUUUGAAUCCCGGGUACUAUAACAUUAAUAUUUCAACUGAUGAAGGCUCAAGCGCCAGCCGAAACGUCUUGAACGAAACAUAAAAGAAUAGUGAGAGUCAGACCAUCAUCUUACAAGCAGGGUUUUACCAAAACCAAAUUUCUCACUUGCUCGAGUCAGUCAGUGAAGAACUCGUGAGUCACAGAAGGAAUAACAUUUUUUUAUUAGUUCAGUGGAGGUUAGAACCUCCUUGUACAACAUAAUAAACAGCACCACGUGGAAGUGGAGAGGCUUUCAACUCAGGGCAAUCACAAAUUACACAGACAAUCCAGUGAACCAGUCAAAUCUCAAAGCAAAUAUAUGUAUCCCACGCAAAACACGGGAAAGCGUGUGCAAGUGAGUCACGAUUGGUUUUGGAUUUACUUCUGAUUGGACGACAAAGUGGGGCAAGUUUUAAACCAAUCGCUUAGUGCAGUAUUAUAAAACGAAAGCAGAAGCCAAUAAAGUCCUAAAGUGAUGACGUCACAAAAAUAAAAUUUUUGAAAUUAUGGGAUUUGAUAUAAUAUUCUUAUAGAGGAUCCUAAAAGAUGCCCUCAUCCCAAAAAUUAGCUCUGAAUUGCAAUUCCUGAUAGAGAUAUAAGGGAUCAAAGUUUGAUAGCAUCCCAUA